AUGAUUACCCUCUUGACUGCUAUUUUUUUGAUGGUCAUCUAAGAGAUGGCCAAAAAAUAGAAGGAUUUCUUAUUUGAUUUAAAGGAGGGUAACUCAAAAUCACUAGACCUCUCCACUAAAUAAGAUAAGCAUUAUAUAAUAUUAAAUGUGCGAUCUCAAGAUGAUGAUAAGAACUCUGACUUAGGAGAAGCUCAAGUCAAAAGUUCAGAUGACACACACAAAAGAGUAGCAUUUUAUGAGAGUGCAAUAUUUAAUUCCAAAAUCAUUGAGAUCACUUUAAAAUGCAUCACAUCUCUAUGCAAAGGAAACUCUCUUUGGUGA